AUGAACAAGAUGUGUGGUGUUUGGUACCUCGUCCUCGGUUUCCUGGCGCUCCCGGGCCCUUCCUGCAGCAACUCAGAUAAUUUAGCACUUCUCUUGGACACUCUCAAGAUAAUACAGAGGGCAGUUUGCAACGACGAGACGGUAGCCCUAGCAUGUCCCCGAGGCACCACCAUCAGCAUACAAGUAGCUCAGUAUGGAAAAGCUGGAGAGGAACAAGGAUGUCCAGCUUUGAGUACUGAGCUGGCCGAGGAGAACAAAAAUUGUAAGAGGCCAAAUGCCAUGCAGUACUCAUUACUGCAGACGGUGGUGGAAGCUUGCCAGAAGAAACCACAGUGCAAGUUCAGUACGCUACCAAUGGCCGGGCUUGUAGACCCUUGUCCGACGCAGAGCAAGUACGUUGAGGUCGCUUAUAAGUGCCGUCCGUAUGAGUUUCGAAGCAGAACUGGCUGUGAAGGUGAGAUGAUCAAACUGAGUUGCAAUCCUCACUCCAGGAUCGCGAUCUUCGAUGCUCAGUACGGCAGGACAGCUUUUGAAGCAAUCACAUGCCCUCAGACACAAGGCGUUCCGGAUGAAAUUUUGUCUGCAGCAUGCGUGACUCCUCAUGCAGUGAAGACAGUCAUCCAGCUCUGCCUCGGAAGACGCCGGUGUCAGAUACCCGCCAACAACAGAACGUUCAACUCAUCUUGCAAUUAUUUAUCGAGGCCAUAUUUGAAAGUCGUUUAUGCUUGUGUACCACUGGGUGUUCUAUCAGAAAAAUAUGAAAGUGCAAGUGAAGGGGACGAACAAACUACAAAUUUUGACCACACCAAAGCACUUUUUGAUGAAUCAGAAGAAGCUGGUGAGAAAUGGGGAGAGCCGAACGCAGAUCGAGCCCUACAACCAUCCAUAAGUGAUUAUAAUGUUCCUACAACACGCCCAGAAGUGGAAGUAACAACCAUACAACAACCAAAAAAGACUGCCGACAGAAAUGAAGAACCACCGCGCAGUAAUUCGAUAUUGGUGUUAUCCGUUAGUAUAGGACUGCUUAUUUUCAUUAUCAUAAUUGGGGCAUUCAUUACUAUCAGAUGUUACAUUAAUCGCAGAACGAACCUUUCCAAAAAUGGAGAUAUGUACACAACUGAAGCCCCAAACGUUUUCAACGAUGCUUUUUCCGAUAUUGACAAUGACGCAGAUAUUAGCCACAUAUCUGGGACGUUCCACGAUCCAAUGCACCCCGACAUGAUUUUGUACAAAAAUGUCCCCGGCACCAGAGGUACUCUACGAGCUAUGAAGCCGCUGUGUACAAUUUAUCCUUCUACAGCAGAAGCAAAUAUGUACGGUAACGUAGACUAUGUGCCUUCACACACAACUGCACCUAGGUUUACUAGGAGCAGAAGUAAUGAAGAGGAGGUAGAAUCUAAUGUAAUGACGAGCCCAAGAAGUUUAGGAGCGCAUUCCACGAAUUAUUACUAUGGCUGA